ACCUGAAUUCGUUGUUCUGAAGCUGGAUAAAGAUGGAGCAGAUGAUGGAUCUGGAGAAAAUAUUCCAGCUUGAUGAAGAGGAUACAGAAAGCGACUGGACCAGAGAAGAAACCUUUCUGAAUCAGCCCCAGAUAUGGUCGGCAUUCUCUCACGCUGUUGCUACGGAGCUUUGCCUAGAGACGGGGGCUAAUUCGUUGACUCCUGUCCCAAAACUUGAAGAAUACUCGGAGGCUUUCAAACCACUCCAGAUGUUCUACAACGAGACCGACUUGACGGGCACGACGGUUACAAAGCUCAAGAGACGUCAGACCAAGAUCGUCGAGGAAUACCACGCCGAGAUCGGAGGAAGAAGAGGGCGUGGUCGAAGGCGUCUUCGCGAGAGUACGAUGAUGGGACGACUAAAUCAUCUUAGUUUGCCUUUCCGUAGAAGGCAUCUUCCUGAAAUUGCAAUCAAUCUCGAAGACAUCACACACGUUCCGAACAUCGUCGCGAACUUAACUUUCGACCAAUCAACAUCCAGAACGCGCAGGUUGUCGUCUUCGCGGACCCAAGCCAGUCUCGUACACCAGCCGUUUUACCAGAACGUUCAAACCCGAUGUAUGAAGUUAAUCGUGGAAGACGUAUACGCUAGUAGAUUCGACGCCAGAAAACUGCUAGGGUGUCGGCUCUGUCUUGGGAAGAGGCGGCCGUGGCAGGGGAAAUCUUCGGUGAAAAUGAUUCUGGAAACGUACAUUGCAUCCAGGGUGCGAUGCCUGGUGCAAUAUUCUACGGCAUUUCCGGGGCAUGCGCACAAGAUACCUGAGGAGUGGAAACGGGAGGUUGAGAUCCAACAUUGUCCAAUCGCUUUCCGAUAUGCACUUCUAAAACUGGAUAGAGAUGGCGUUAUUGACGAUGUCAAGAAGCCAAACACGGAAUGAUAACAUGUGUAUAGAGAGCAUGACCAGGUUGCCAUCAAGUUCACUAUCAUUCUAUAAAAAAAAAUCAAAUAGAAGUUUAGGCAACUUUACAAAUUAGUCCUUUGGGAGCGAAUUAUAGGAAGUUAUUAUGUGCCAGUAAGAUACCAUAAUGUCUGGAGGAGGUAAACCUUUAGGAACAUUAA